AUGGUGUGGUCUGCGGCUAUCAAGUCUUUCGGCGGGCUGUCUUUGACACCUUUACAGUCAUCUUAUUCUACAAAUUUCUUCACAGUUCUUACAGGGAUCAAGAGCUUCAGGUGCAGAAAGCCUUCCUCCUGUGCUGCAAUGGACAUCAGAAAUUGGCACAAAUUGCGCAGCAAAAGCAUUCGAUUAGGCCAAAAAUGUAUACAACCAGAAUAUGAUUCACACUCAAGGUGGCUGGUCUUUUGGAGAAAAAUCAAGAGAGUGAAGAUGAAAAAUUCAAGUUCUUCUGUCUCAAUGCAGACUUCAUAUGAUCCAGACACUUACUUGAAGAAUUUCGAUGAAGGUUUGGGACAGGCAGAGCCAGAUUGUCUCCACAGGUCCUUCUCAGCUCGUUUUGCUGAUCCAUCAAGGAGAUUCUACAAGAAUGAGUUGUGGAUUGAUGUUGAGAAAUGACAAAGCAGUGUGCCUGUGCUCUCUCUUUUUUUCUUUUUUCCUGC